CCUGAAGAAUGAACAGCGGUAGAAGGGUCCCUUACAGUCUAUGAAGCAAAGCCAGGCCUCUUACAGUGUCUUCGAGGAUCACUACUGAGAAGAUCAUGGACGCCUCGAGUCCCAGAACUGAUGCCGUGUCAAUGGAGCCCAGUGCCAAGCUGUUUUGCUGUGGUUUUGUGAGGCGUUGCAUCCCUCUGGUGUAUAGAGAAGAGCUAUGCCACAUCCUGUGCAUGACUGGACCCCUGCUUGUGUGCCGGUUCCUGAAUUUCCUCCUUUUCUUUGUGGUGACAAUGUUCUGUGGCCGCCUGGGGAACACUGUGCUAGCGGGUUAUGCCAUGGCCUCAGCUACAAUAAAUGUAACAGCUGCAGCAACGGGGUUGGGACUUGCUUUGGCAUGCGACACUUUGGUAUCACAGACAUUCGGGAGUAAGAACCUUCUCCGUGUAGGCGUCAUCCUGCAGAGAGGCAUCAUAAUUCUGACGCUCUUCAGUUUGCCCUGCUGGGCUUUGCUUGUGAACACCCAGCCUCUCCUUCUCUAUCUGGGGCAGGACCCUGAGGUGGCCAGGAUUGCACAGCUGUAUGUGGUUGCAUAUUUGCCAGCAAUUCCGGCCAUGUUUCUGUAUCAGCUGCAACUGUCAUAUCUUCAGAACCAGGGAGUGAUCAAGCCUCAGAUGUUCGCAUCUGCAGUUGCCAAUGUUGCCAAUGUGAUAGUGAACUACUUUCUGCUGUACUGGUGGGAUUUUGGAGUCUAUGGGUCUGCUGCUGCAAAUACCUUUGCUCAGGUUUUUAAUUGUUUUGCCCUGUUUUGUUUCAUCCGCUGGCGGAGGCUCCAUGAAAAAACUUGGGGAGGGUGGUCUUCAGAAGCCUUGCAGGAUUGGGGGUCCUACAUGAAGCUAGCCAUUCCCAGCACACUGAUGACCUGUUUUGAAUGGUGGAUCUAUGAAGUUGGAGGCUUCUUGGCAGGAAUGCUGAGUGAGGUGGACCUGGCUGCUCAACACGUGGUUAUCAUGCUGGCGUACAUCAACUACAUGAUCCCAUUAGGAAUGCAAGGUGCAGCGUGUGUUCGUGUGGGAAACGCACUUGGUGCUGGAGAAACAGCUGCUGCCAUUCUCACCAGCAAGGUGUCUCUCAUCAGUGCAGCUGUUAUAGCAAUCUUUCAAGGUUUUGUUCUGGGCUCGACAAAAACAGUCAUUGGCUACAUAUUCACUUCCGAUGAGGCUAUAGCAGAGCUUGUGUCUCACCUACUGAACAUCUACUGCCCUCUUCAGUUCUUCAAUGGAAUACUGGGUGUUGGCAUGGGCAUUCUUCUUGGCACAGGGCAGCAGAAGAUAGCCGCUAUUGCUAACCUCUUUGGCUACUACUGCAUUGGACUCCCAUCGAGCAUUGUUCUGAUGUUCACAGCUAAAUUACAAGUUGCUGGCUUUUGGCUGGGCCUCCUCAUUGCAGUAUUUUUGCUAGCGAUUUUUUUCAUUGUGGCUAUUUUUAAAUUAAACUGGAAGAAAAUGACAGAAGAGGCAAUUGAGCGUACAGGAAAGAGUGCAAGUGGAGCAGCAAAUGGAGCAAUGACCCCGAACCAUCGCAACAGCUUCUACCAGGUGGUGUUCAAUGCAGAGUUUCAGAAUGGGAAUGGAUACGUGGUUGUGAGCUCUCAAGACCAGGAUGAGGGGCUCAACCAUACUGUGGUGCACGAGGGGCCAAACGUGACUCAAGUGGAGGAAAAGCCUGCAGUUCUGCUCUCUACCGCUCAGCUGAUCCUCAGGAGGGGUCUGACCACCCUCGCUGCUCUUCUCAUCCUAGCUGUAGGAAUAGGCGUCCAUCUCACUGUGCCUUUACCUGAGGUAUCUUAUGGUGCUGGUGCAAAUUUUACUUUGGACUCAAACUUUACCACAGCCACUCCCAUCUAGUCAAUGAGUAUCGUUUGAAACCUGGACCUCAGAUAGAUUCACUGUGAAUAUCUCUAUGCUGUGAACAUGAGAGGUAAUGAAGAAAUGGUAUUGAAUUAGAAAAGUAGAAGCAUUUUCACAUUGGUCUCAGGCUGUAUAUUGUGACCUAGACAGAUGAUUAUAUUUUUAUUCUGUGUGCACUUGCUUUGUCCACAGUAUUAGGCCAAGUAGUAAGAAAAUUGAGCAGCUUAGCAGGAAAAGGUCUGUUCCCCAGUGACACAGUCAUAUAAUCUCUUCAGUUGACAUUUCUAGUCAGGCGGCUGGAGAAAUGCUGCCAAAAAGAAGGCAUUCUAUAAAGCCGCUGUCAUAUAUUGAGAAAUCUGUAUUAUUAAACAAGGUGGAAUGGUGGAAACUCGAAGCAAACGUUGUCAGUUGCAUGCGGAACCUUCCUAAGGAAUCCUGCCUGCCUAUAUUAAGGGGCUGUUCAAACAGAACACGUUUUUGUGUUUAAAAGUGUGAGUUGCAGGCCAGU